AUGUCUCCUCCUGAAGAAACCGUUACUACCGGCAAUAACUCGUCAGUUGCUGAUGGCCCUCAAAAAGUGGUUCUUCCAAUCACUCCAUUCGAGACAUAUCCCAAAGCUAGAGCUGCUCCUAAGGAACUGAUUGGAGUCGAGGCUGCUCUACACGCAGCUAAAAAUCCGGAUUUCCAGGCUGUUUCUACAAUUGCCGGACAAUUUUCUCUUAAAGAUAAAGUCGCUAUUGUUACUGGAGGUAAUUCUGGAAUUGGUUUAGAAUAUUCAGUUGUGUUGGCCGAGUUGGGUGCUAUUGUUUAUGUGUUAGAUUUGCCCGAAGCUCCCUCUGAAGACUAUGCCGCUUGUAAGGCAUAUAUCAAGAAACUUGCUACUGGAGGAUCUCUUGAAUACAGAGUGGCUAAUGUGACGGACGGUCCAGGUAUGGCUAAGGUCACACAUGAGAUUGCUGAAACGCAUGGUAGAUUAGACGUUUGCAUUGCUAAUGCAGGAAUCCUGGGCCCCGUGGUGGAUUGUCAUGAAUAUCCUGCAGACUGGUUCCGCAAGAUCAUGGAAGUCAAUGUCACGGGAGUCUUUUUGACAGCCCAAGCUGCCAUUAAAGAGAUGUUGGAGCGCAAAAUCAAGGGGAGCGUCAUUUUCACGGCGUCUAUGAGCGGUAGCAUCAUCAACAAAGACAUGCACUGGAUUCCAUAUACCACCGCCAAGGCAGCUGUGGUUCAACUGGCCAAGGCAUUUGCAUGUGAAGUAGGAACAAACGAGAUCCGAGUCAACUGUAUUUCGCCAGGCCACAUCCGCACCCGAAUGACUGAAGCAUAUCUAGGAGUCGAGCCACUCAUUGAAAACUGCUGGGCCGCACAAAACCCUAUGAACAGACUGGGCUCCGUCUACGAGCUCCGUGGCACAGUCGCCUACCUUGCCAGCGAUGCCUCGACCUACACAACCGGCCACGAUCUCCAAGUGUGCGGUGGACACACUGCCUGGUAA